AUGAUCUUCAAAUUCAAAAUUGUCGCCUGUUGGGCCUUUAUGGUCACUGCAUACGCAGAGGUCACAAGCCUUCUGUUACCAGGAUUCCGGGGGCGCCAGCUCGAAGCAAGAGAGCUUGAAAAGAACGAUAUUAAAACAACGUUUAUUGUCACCUGUGUCGAAGGAAGUGACCCUUCGGAAUGCGGAAUUUCUACCCAUGGCCUGACAGCAGUUGCCGGAGAGAACGUUGCAGAAGUUACUCAUGUGAAUGAGAAACACAAUACUGCAUGGGUAAUAUGCGAUACUGCUGAAACAACCUACGCAUCAUGCCUAACGCAGCAGACUGUAUCCGUCAGAGGAACAUUGGCACCAAAAGAUCUGAAUUGGAUUGAGGUUACAAUGAUCACACCAGGAACGACAUUGGGUAGUACGUUACCUACCGGCACGAGUGAUAUCACAACACAACACGCUCCAAGCCCGCCUGAAUCAUCCGAGUCGAGAGAGGGACUAUCACAUAGCCAGGCUAUUCCAAUUUUCACUCCUUACAUGAGCCUCUACUGGAUUUCAGUUUCUGCAUUUCUUGGAUCCAUUGGGUCUGCUUUGAUGUUGGGGAUUUUUUAA